AUGGGGAAUUGGUUGUGCGGGCAUUAUGCAAAGGAUUCUCAAGUCGAAAGAAUAACCACAGAAGUUGUAAAACCGCGUGCUGAACACAAAGCAUCGGUAACCAAAUUUAGCGACAAAACCUUCGGACUUCUUAUUUUUCUACACGGGCUAGGUGAUUCAGGGUUUGAUAUUUAUGGUUUAACCAUUGAUGCCCCGCAAGAUGAAGCCGGUAUACAGAAGGUAGCAGAGCAAGUGUCUAAAAUUGUUAGAGCUGAGAUUGACGACGAGGGUAUACCACCGAAUCGUAUUAUACUUGGCGGAUUUUCUCAGGGCGGCAGUGUUGCUCUCUACACGGCUCUUACUUCACCUAGUCUUCAUGGGUUAGGUGGCGUUUUUAUCCUCAGUUCAUGGCUACCAUUAGCCCAGCAGCUUACCUCUGACGCUUCGAGAAUAAAAGCUGAUCACAACCUCCCGAUUCUCCAGUUUCAUGGGACUUCUGACCCAGUUGUUCCCUUCGCCGUUGGCAGUCUCACCAACACGGUGUUGAAUUCCUUCCAGUUUAGCAAUUGUGAGUUACAUCAAGUGCCGGACCUCGGACAUUCUUGCAACGAAGAGGUAUAUCGAACAAAGUGUUGUAAUUAUGCUUCUUUACUAGGAACUCAGACUAGUGCGGGAUUUUAUCAACAAGGUGCUUUGCACCUGAACUGCCAACAUCCGCAGACACACCAGCGUAUAGCUUCCAUAAGUCUUGUGGACCAUAUCUCAUCAUAG